GUUUCGCCUCUUGCCUGGAAGCAGAGGAGUCAUAGACAGAACUCAGCUAGAGGAGGGACCGUUACGUUCCGGGACUGGUGACGUCAGAGACGCUUGGUUCCGCUGGCGGAGCGCGGGACAUUCUGGACUGGGCCUGACAGGAUUUUGUGGCCGGGACUUUGCAGUGCAGCGGAGGGGGGGAGGUGGCGGUGAGAUUGCCGGGCCGGGGCAGCAGUAGCUACGCUUGUCCCCCUCCCCCCCCGCUGGACCUAGCUUCACAAGGAGGCUGACGGAGAGGUGUCGCGGCGUCACGCCGGCCCCUUAUCCGAGCUGGCGGCGGAGGAGAAGGCUGUGAGAAAAUGCGGUGAGGACACAGAUCUGAAAGUCUACAAGGGCACUUGAGAAAAUGCUUAUAAAGGAAUGAGGUUGGGUUCCACCGAAGCCUAGAACUGUACUGUAAGGAACAGUUCUGCUCGGGCAGUACACGAAUGGCCCAAGGAAGCUCGCAAGUGGACUUUCAGGUUUUAAAUGACCUGCGGCAGAAAUUCCCAGAGGUGCCUGAAGUUGUUGUUUCCCGAUGCAUGCAGCAGAAUAACAACAAUCUGGAUGCUUGCUGUGCAGUCCUUUCUCAAGAGAGUACAAAGUAUCUGUAUGGUGAAGGUGACGUGUCUCCUUCUGAAGAAUCAAGCAUCGCUGGUUUAAGAAAUCACAUGACAUCCCUUAAUUUGGAUUUGCAGUCUCAGUACCAUGAGGGCAGAGAUGGAAGCAGAAUAAAUGGAAACAGCAGGACUUUAAGCCACAGCAUAAGUGAUGGACACCUUCAGGGAGGACAAUCCAACAAUGAACUGUACCAACAAGAGCCACAGACUGCGCCUGUUAUGCCUUCUAGCUAUAAUGUCUUUGGGAUGACAAAUACAAUCAAUGCUUCGAACCCGGGCCAUCAAUUUGGACUUCAGUUGGGCAGCAAAAGCUCUGGCUUGCAAACAACCAGGUUCAAUCCUAUCAUGGUUACAUUGGCUCCAAAUAUCCAGUCUAAUCGUAAUACCCCUACAUCUUUGCACAUACAUGGUGGCCCACCGCCUGCACAUAACAGUCCACAUGGAAAUUCUAUAUAUAUUAGACCAUAUAUCACUUCUCAAGGUGGAACAGCAAGACAGACCCAACAGCAAUCGGGCUGGAUGUCUCCGAAUCCCACACAACAACAGGCUUAUCCCACACAGCACAAUCCUUGGACAACCCUUCCUUCUUCUUAUACUCAGUCGCAUACCUCAGCACAGCCUAAUCAGCAGGGUCAUCAGACCUCUCAUGUGUAUAUGCCCAUUAGUUCACCCACCACUCCUCAAGCCCCAGUGCUUCAUUCAUCAGGUGGUUCCCAGCCAUCAACCCAGUACAACAUUCAAAAUAUCUCAACUGGUCCCAGGAAAAACCAGAUAGAAAUUAAACUUGAACCACCCCAAAGGAGUAACUCAAUGCUGCGUUCCACAAGCUCUCGAAGUUCCACAAACCCUUGUGCUUUGAAUAACCAGUCAAGGAACCAGCCUACUGUUUACAUUGCAGGUCCUCAAAAUGCAGAUGACGGUCUAGGCCGUAGCCAGCCUAAGGUCUAUAUUUCAGCUCCUGGUAGCGAUGACCAGAUUGUUAGAAAUCAGCCAACACUUUUUAUUUCCGCUAAUCCCGGUGCCGCCAGUACAGCCAGAAAUGUUUCUGGGCAAGUAAGCAUGGGACCUGCUUUCAUUCAUCAUCAUCCACCCAAAAGCCGAGCACUUGGAAACAACAUAUCUGCAACAUCGCCUCGUGUUGUAGUGACUCAGCCCAAUACAAAAUAUACUUUUAAAAUAACUGUGUCCCCAAACAAACCUCCGUCAGUUUCCCCUGGUGUCGUGUCCCCAACUUUUGAGCCUACAAAUCUCCUUCCGUUUGCAGAGCCAGAAGGUAUCCAUCUAACAGACCCUGUUUUAGCACAUGAUAGAAUAAAUGAUGUACGGAAGCUGAGCGUGGGUUCCGAUGAUGCAGCAUAUACACAAGCUUUGCUGAUACAUCAGAAGGCAAGAAUGGAGCGGCUUCAUCGAGAACUUGAAGUACAAAAGAAAAAGCUGGACAAACUUAAAACAGAGGUCAAUGAAAUGGAAAAUAAUCUCACCCAGAGACGCUUAAAUAGGUCGAAUUCAGUUUCACAGAUUCCAUCACUGGAAGAAAUGCAGCAAUUAAGGAGCUGUAACAGGCAGUUGCAAAUUGAUAUAGACUGUCUCACCAAAGAAAUAGAUCUUUUUCAGGCAAGAGGGCCACAUUUUGAUCCCAGUGCCAUUCAUAAUUUCUAUGAUAACAUUGGAUUUUUAGGCCCCGUGCCGCCAAAACCAAAAGGUACACAGUCUAUUGAUCAAAGGUCUACUGUCAAAACGCCAACAAAGGUUAAUGACACCGAGGAAGAUGAGGGAGCUCAUUGGAAUUGCACUGCAUGUACUUUUCUGAACCACCCUGCCUUAAACCGAUGUGAACAGUGCGAUAUGCCCAGGAAUUACUAAGGCAGUAGGUCAAUUUUGUAAAUGGAAAAUUGUCAAAAACAGCAUUUUUAAUUGAUAGGAGAAAGAAUGGCCUUGUGGUUGUUUACUAGUAGUAAACAUUAGCCCACAGAAUAAUACCUCAGUGUUGUAUUGUGCGCAGUUGGGCUUUUUGCCCUUUUCUUAAAUUCUUUAUUCAGUGUAAGACUGAUCCGCCUGGUUCCCAGCUGACCGCCUGUACCAUGUACAGUAUUAAUAGCCCUGAAAGAAGAUUUCUCACCGUGCCCAGUGUUUUGGGUCCUUACUACUUUUUCUCAGCAGAAGUUACUGGAUCGUUUUGGGAUAUUUAGAGGAGACGCAAAGCAAGAAAUUGUAUUGGCUUUUAAAUUCUCCAUAUGCGAAACCAGCAACCCCCAAAACAAACACUAAAAACACAAAGGAUUUACAACUUGCUGCAAGCUGUUACCGUCACGUGAACAGAGGAAGGACUAUGCAGUUCAUGUGUUUUAAGCGCUUCUCGGGAACCUCCCAUGACUUGUGAAACCAGCAUCAGUACAAUCAAGUGCAACAAGGAUGAAAAACUGCAUGUGUUGUCUCUGUACGAUACAGUGAAAUUACCUAAAGCUUUUUUCCAGUUGUACAUAGCCCUGAAGCCUGCUCCAAGUGACCUUAUUUUCCUUCUCACCUUUAUUAAUUUCAUGUUCUUCUGUAUGUAUAGUGUAAUAGUGUUUUUUUUUUUUUUUUAAAUUUUUUUCUUUUUGUUAGUGUUUUCCUUCUCCUUUAUUUUCUUUUGGCACAGCCCUUGUCCUUUUUAGAUCUUUUAUCAAAAAUGUGGUGCCUUUUUAACUGGGUGGUGGUGGGGAAUAAAGCAUUGUGCAUAGUUUAAUUUUGUCGGUCAUCUCUCCACCACAGAACUUAUUUCUCUUGUAUAUCCUGAUCUCCUGUGAAAAUCAUGAAAAGGCACAAUUUUCUACCAUCUUUUUCUGUACACAUUGGACUUUACAGUGGGUGACUUUAUUUUAUUUUUUUAUUGACAUUUCCUAAAAACUUGCCUUUGACUAUUUUAUUCCAAAAUGUGCCAAAUGUCUCAUGCCUGUUAUAAGUCUUAGAACAAGUGGUAUAUUUAUAGUAAAAGAAAAAGCCCAAUUUCCUAAUGAGUGAAUGAUAGGCACUCCUGAAAAUCCUAAGAGGAUCUACAAUCUGCUUUUAAAUUGCCCAUAUUGCACCAUCAUAUGUUCUGUAAUAUUUUGAAGUACUGUAUUGUCAAUCUUGUCUAUGUAUCUAGGUUUGUUAAGAAUGAAAGAACCUUUGUUGAUGCCCAGGAGUUGCAUAGGAAGCUGUUUUAACCUAUUUUUAUGCAGAUGGGUCCAUGUUCUUUGUUACAGUUGUACCCUAAAACAGAUGCUCUUAUGUCAAUGUCGAUCUGGGUAAUUCUUAUUUCUUCAUUCCCCAACAUAAAUAUUGAGUUGUGAGUUUUGGCCAUUUUGAAAAUAAUCACUGGUAUGAAGCAAUGAUCUGUUGAACAUCAUAAAGCUUAGGAAAAAGUACCACGCAUUUCGUAAGCAAAUCACUCUUAAGGAAAUUAACUGAUACACUGCUUGGCAUCUCAAAGAAAUGUGCGUUAUUGCUGCUUUUAUUUAAGUAUUAAGAGAGAAAAUUAGUGACAAUCAGUGGCUCACCUUUUCUUUCCAGCUUUUGUAUUCAAGUAGCCAUUGGUUUAGUGAAGUCAUCCACUGUAAAUGACUCCACAUCAAACAUUGUUGUUUUUAAGGUUUUUGUACCAGAAACUAAAAUGUGAUGAGCCUUCUUUCUUAAGGCUAUUCAUUGUGUUGCAGAAUACAUUUCUAGGUAACCAAAGUGUUGCAAAGGCUUGUUAUGUUUUGGGCCUUCCAGCACUGUAAUUGGGCUAAACAGCAGAACCAAAGCACUUACAAGCAAUGCUUUUUGUUGAAGACCAUUUUCAGCUUCAUCUGCAGUUUUCUGUGAAGAUUGACAAAUUUUUACUUGUUUUAAUAAUAAAACCUAAUUUGGAUAUCUUGAGCUGAUGGUUUUGUGAUUUAGCUGGGUAAACAGUCUUUG